AUGGCACCAACAAAACUACGCAUCGGGGUCUGUGGAGGCGGUAUGGGAGGACUGACCGCAGCUAUCGCGUGUGCCCGAGCAGGAGCAAAGGUCACACUCCUCGAGGCGGCCAAGGAGUUGGGUGAAAUCGGAGCUGGCAUCCAGAUGUUCUCCAAUGUGUCCCGGAUCCUGAUCCGGUGGGACGUGGACAAGAUCAUUGGCGACGACCUGGUCGCCGUGGAUGAGAUCAAUACUUGGGGUUUGGACGACGAGCUGCUGGGUCGCUUCGAUCCGAAAGAAGGACGCAAGCUCACCGGCUUUCCGCAUUGGGUGGUGCGUAGAGAUCACCUUCACGCAGGACUUACCGAGUGUGCUCGACGCAACGGAGUCGAUCUGAUCGUCGGCUCCCGCGUCCAAUCCCUCCAACACUCCAAGGAGGGCGUCAAAGUCACGACAGUUCACGGGGUUGAGCAUACCUUUGAUCUGCUUGUCGGAUCCGAUGGCCUCAGAUCGACCAUACGCCAGACCUUGUUUCCAGAAACCGUGCCAAAAGCUGCCUCGACCGUUGCGGCAUUCCGUGGCGUGCUCUCUUAUGAGGAAGUGUUCGCCGAGGUGCCCGAAGCGAGAAUGUGGCUGAGGAACACGGCUGACGCCUGGAUCGGGCCUCAGGGUUAUAUCCUCCUAUAUCCCCUUUCGGCGGGCCGGGAACUGAACGUGGUGGCCAUGUUUCAGAUGGACCGCGUCGUCACCAAGGCCGAGGAGAUGGAUAUUCAGGAAUUCCGCAACCUGUACAAGGACUGGAGUCCGUUUGCACGCAAGAUUCUCGGGCUCCUCAAGAGCACUCAGAUCUGGCCCUUGUUGGUGCUGCCCCCAAUGAAGUCGUGGUCGAACGAGCACAAGAACGUGGUCCUCCUCGGCGAUGCGGCUCACGGGAUGCAGAAUCACAUGGCUCAGGGAGCGGCUACCGCCAUGGAAGACGGGGUGUUUCUAGGCACAGUCGUCUCGGAAGUGAUUCGCGGCAACAUUGACCUUCCCACGGCCAUCGAGCUAUAUGAGAAAAAGCGCAUGCCACGAGUCUGGACCAAGCAGCAGGUUUCUUUUGUAAACGGUACCUUCAACAUGGCCGCAGGAGAAGACGCGAGGAAACGGAACAAGGCGUCUCGACCGGAAGUUGUAUGUUCGGAUAAAAACAUCAUUCAGCCCAACAAACUGCUGCCACCGACAUAUCGAACCUGGCAACUGGCAUUCAGUCCGGUGAGUGUCCCUGGUAUCAUGUAUUUCGACGCGGAAGGGGAUGCAGAGAACGCGGUCUGCGAAUAUCUGCAGGAGACAACGACGAUGGACGAGCAGACACUGGUGACCAAGGGCCUCUGGGACAAAUGGUGGGGACUAGUGGAUAACAACGGGCUCGAAGAUGAUGCUGGGAAGGUCUAG